UCCAGCACUGGCAACCAAAAGGCAAAAGCAUUGAAAAGACUGUACACAGGCACAGAGAGAAAUGGGGAGAAGCCCGUGUUGUUCCAAGGAGGGCUUGAACAGAGGUGCUUGGACAGCUCAAGAAGACAGAAUUCUCAGAGAAUUCAUUAGAAUCCAUGGUGAAGGCAAAUGGAGAAACAUGCCCAAAAGAGCAGGUUUGAAAAGAUGUGGGAAGAGCUGCAGGCUUCGCUGGUUGAAUUAUCUUAGACCUGACAUUAAGAGAGGGAACAUAUCACCAGAUGAAGAAGAACUCAUCAUCAGGCUUCACAAGCUCUUGGGGAACAGGUGGUCUCUAAUAGCUGGGAGGCUCCCGGGGCGAACAGACAAUGAAAUCAAGAACUAUUGGAACACCAAUCUGGGCAGAAAAGUUCAGGACCACCAAAACACAGCCCCACACCUCAAGCUUUCAAGCAGGUCCGUUGAGAAGACUCUAAAGAACACCAAUAUCAUUAACCUUCCCCACAACACAAACUCACUAUCACAACCCAAAAUGAAUAAUUUCCAAGUGAUUCGGACCAAGGCAACUAAGUGCUCCAAGGUUAUCCUGGCUCCCCAACCUAGAAACAUUGAACAUUGUGAAACCAAAAAGGCAGAAGCAUCAGUCGAAACUGAGCAAUAUCCCAGCAACAAGGCCGAUUUCAAGGGAUCUUCGUCGUUUGCUAGCACAGAAAAUAAUCAAACAUCGGAAUUACCGACGGAUUUCAACAUUGGGGAGCUUUGCUUCUCUGAUCUUCUCAACUGUUACUUUCCAGAUUCACGUGACCUCAAAUAUAGCAACGAUAGUAACAAGGAAUCAUCCUCCUCAUUCAAGGAAUCUAUGAUGUUUCUCGAUGAAAUGCUGCAGGAUUGGACCAAUAACAACAAUUGUGUUCAACCGAAUGUGGCUUCCGAUGAUCUGCAUUCUUUAGCUUCAAUGCUUGAUUCCAGAGGAGAAUGGCAGGUUGAAUAAUAAUCGAUUAACAAACUGGUCAUGUUGACAUGACAAUGACAAUGACAUCUCAGACUUCUGCUCCCCUUCAUGACCCAAAAUAAUGUGUGAUAUUUCUGGGACACUGUAAAAUUGUGUUGUCCUGUAUUUUCAUGGCUGUGACUUUAGCCAGGUUAAUUGUUGUAUAAAUAAAAGCAGAAACGGAAUCUUGCUAAGAAGAAAAUGACUUUUUCUGAUA